AUGCGAAGGAAACAACCGUGGACAAAGCUAGGUCCUGACGAGUCUCCGACGCCGUGCACUAGCAAAACUUCUUUUUCGGACAAAGCUGACGGUGAAGACUACGAGCCGUUCUACGUGACGUUUUUCAAAGUCGGCGCGACUUUGGCAAUGCUGGUCGGUCUCGGUUUGGUGUUCAUUACGUACGAUCAGCUACUACCACACUAUAAGAAAGACACCUUUCAUGAUGUAACACGAUACCGUCAUCCUGAAGUCCACGCCAUUGACAUGCCACGGGAACAGUCUUCCAUCCGAAUUGGAGUCCAAAACGCACCGCACGUGCGCUUACCGGAAACAUCCCAGUACGAUGCGUUUGGAAUCAUGGAGAGCCACUUCGAAAACUCUACAACAACCAGCGCAAAGCAUUUUUUUCAAGUAGCGCUAUCUAUCCGGGAAUCGUUUGCUGAAAUAUACGGUGGGGUCGGCCAAGCCCGUUCUCUUCUCGACCGAGGAUUGGCUUCUUUGAACGAGACAGCGUCGACUUCCAUCGCACUGCCGAAAAAGUUGGCCCAUCACAUCUCCUUGCUUCAAUUAUCGACUUCUGGCAAAACAUCGUUUCAAGUCGUUGUCGUAGGUGGAUCUGCUGCAGCAAGCUAUGGUAAUUACCACGAUACAGCAUACUCUUUUGUUGUGGAACGCAUACUACGGAAACCAAUGCAGGCUCUAGGACUCGAAAUCAAGGUACAUAAUCUGGCUAUGCAUGAUUUGACCGAAUUUCCGAUAAGUUGGUGUCUGAAGCAUGCCACCGGUGGCGAGAUGCCCGAUCUGCUCAUUUAUGACUACGACGAAUCCCCUCCUGCUCGCUUUGAAGCUUUUUUGCGUCACUUGGGAGCCCAAAUUCCGUUUUUUAUGUUUUUAUCACCCAAAGACGCUCUUCUGCCUAUCUUAAAGUACUAUGCGAAAGAAUCAUUUCUCCAAAACCCAGUUUUGAUCCGCGAUCGAGAAGCGGCUCGACCUUGGCGAAAUGUGGCCGAAACACAGCUUCCAAAGGGCUUCCGAUUGUGGGAUCAAUUCGACUCUAUUAGUGGGACACCGGAUAAGACGUACAAGAAUCGAUCUCGAUCACACCAAAAUUUGAUUGGUUGGUUGAUCGCGAUGAGGCUGUUGAGCGCCUUGCAACUUUCUGCUCUGGAACAGUUUGACGAAGAGAUAUUGAUUCAGCCCUCGUUGCCUGCUCCUUUGCUCCUCGACCAGUCUCUAGAAAGCCAAAUCUUUCUUGGCGGAGAAUAUUCAGCACAGCUAGAAUGCUUCACAAGCUUUGAAUGGGUCAGCCGUAGCGGAUCGAUGCGAGGAGGGGGUAUUGGUCUAGAAAGUGAUGUUCGCUCCAACCUCCAGAAUCUUGUGUUGCGCGACAGCACCAUCGGCGAAGAUUCUGAGCUACUAUUGCCGAAAACGGCGCAGUGGUUUACCAAAAGAUGGACACUCGAUUUGGACACGACCUCCAAAAGGAACAAGCUAAGAACGAAAGGAUCUGACUUUCUCGGGUUUAUGGAUUGGAAGAAAGCCUUCUGGGGUGUGCCACAAUCGGGACCUCUAUCUCUACUUAUACCUGUUUCGAAUGAUAUCAAGCUACAAAAGGGAACUGCACUCGCGCAAGACUUCAUGAUGUCUCUGAUUGUAUGCGGUGCUGAAACACGAAGCUCGGGAAAAGGAAGUUGCGAUCUUGAGGCAGACGUCUCUUUCAGCAUUGGGGGGCACCAGACCAAGCCUUGCGUUCGUCGAAAGAGUCCAACAGCUGUGUUGAAAUCGUCACUCCUCCAAAGGCGAAGCUGA